CUUUUGAGUAAGGAAUUGUAGCAUGGGCAGGCAAUCUCUUCGAUUGAUUCCCCUCCAGGAAUUACUUGAAUUAAUUAGCCGGCCCACGGAGUGAAAUAUCGAACUUAACCUAUAAAUAACUAGUAUCUCAAAAACCAAAUAAAAGGCUUUCUUUUAAGCUUGUUAAUGGAAUUCCACAGGAGUCAAGCGCUAGCAAAGAAGAAUUGGAAAUCAGUCGCUUCCCUUCUGGACUCAAGUCAGCAGAAGAGUGAACUUCAUAUUAAUAGGUAAAUCCUACAUCAAGCGUAAAGGAAGUACACUUUUUUUGAUUCGGCGCUUAAUAACUCGUACUUGACGUUGGUUUCGGUUCGAUCAACUAUCCUUUUUGAAGCGGAUAGUUCACAGUGCUCAUUCUCAAAAAAAGCGGAAAAGCCAUGAUGUUUCCACUCCAUUUUCAUUACGAAGAUGUAUUACGUCAGGAUCUGUUGCUCAAACUGAAUCACGCCAAUGUUAUGGAAGUUCCUGGAUUGUUUGAAAUAAGAUUAGUACCAAAAGCUGCCUCUGAUUUCAGAAUCCAAUUUGGAAAAUUGGCUAUGGAGAUUUUGUGCGGUCAGAGAUUCAUACAGACACAAAGGGGCCCCUAUUUUCAAGUAGGAAAGUCGUUUCGAUCCAAUCCAUUCUUGGGGUCCGAAAAAGACACUGGAUAUGUCAGUGACUUUGCACGACAAAGCGUUCUCCGAGGGCAUAGAAUGUACCAUUUUUUGGUAAGAAUCUUGACAGUAAUGUCUAUGUUAGAUUCUCCGGUCGAAAUACGGGAAAACUCCAUCAAAUUCUUUAUGGAAACGGAGUUUUGCGAAUUCUCCCCGGAACUGGAAGAUCAUUUCGAGAUCUUCAAGCAUAUUCGAGGGUUCAAUGUGACUAUUGUCACUUCGGCCAAUACAAAAGAUGAGACUUUACUACUGUGGAGCGGCUUUGUGAUAAUGGAACCAACCAGCAAAAAGCAUUAACGCUGCAAAAAUCAAUGCACCAAUUGCAGUACAAUAGAGUUGUAAUUCACUAGUUAUUCCAGAUGCUCGCCAAAGCUUAAAAAAACCUUAGGUUAUUUGGAUUCCUCGGAAACCCCCACCUACAUCACCAUUCAAUAUUUCUUGCCCUACUAUAGGCCAAACUACCUCAGCACUGGGUCCAAUGUGAGUAGGAUCACUUAGCCAUGCUUCAUAAUUGGAAAAACGGGCACCAUGAAAGUACAUGCCACUCAACCAAAGAAAGAUAAUGGAAAGUUGCCCGAAAUGAGCACUAAAGACUUUUCUAGAAAUCUCCUCCAAAUCACCAGUAUGACUAUCGAAAUCGUGAGCAUCGGCAUGUAGGUUCCAGAUCCAAGUGGUAGUAUCAGGGCCCUUAGCUAGUGUUCUUGAGAAAUGGCCGGGUCUGGCCCAUUCCUCAAAAGAUGUUUUUACAGGAUCCCUAUCCACAACAAUUUUUACUUCUGGUUCCGGCGAACGAAUAAUCAUUAAGUCCUCCACAAGAGCAUAUCCAAGUGGAUCAUCAACUGAAAAGGCAAUAAAUGAGAAGUUGAUUCCCGUACAAUUGCAUUUAGUUGGUUUAAAGCGAGUUCACUUGUCCAGCUUCUUCUAUAUCCAAUGCACUCUCAAUUGGACAGAAGGAUCUGCCCACAUAUUGGUUAAUGUAAUGUUGCUGUGGAGUUUUGGUACCUACUACUAUGUCCAAUCAGUUCCAACUCUGAAAGUUCAGGUGAAUUUGGUAACUAUCUGGAUACCUUUAAAGGUCAUAAUUGUCAUGGAAGGAUAUCCAGACGAGUGUCCAGGGUAGCCAAGCAAGAUACCAUGCGCAGUGCCUCAUCGAGGAUUGUUCUAGCCAUCUCCACAGGGGUCCGUCCGGUUCUUCCUCAAAUGGGUUGCCUCAAUCUUUAUCAAAGUUUUGGUAUCUAGCUUAUCCAGCUACAGUAUAGUAUACUCCUUCCUUGCUCGAUAGAGCUCUUUGAAUCCGCUUCAACUAAAUGCGUAAAAUAGAGUAAUUUCUUCAAAAGCCAGUUUCUUUCGAGAAGGCAGGAGGCCCAUAGCGAGUUACAAUAGUGCCAGUUCUUGUAUGGAAGGCCGUAAUUCCGGUAACCUCGACUGCUCUAAGAAUGAUCCGGGCUAGCCGGGCACAUCACAUCAAAGUUAGGUCAUUUGUCAAAAACAUGGCAAAUAGCUCAGUUGGUUUGGUAAGGGAGCUAGUCUCUCACUUAAACCACUCCCAUAUUAGGUAUCCUAUCUCGUCUUAAAGUUCCCCCGCAUUACCCAUAACUUACCACCUGUAUCUCCGGAACUCAAAUCGCAAAAUGACAAUGCUUUCGA